GAGACAUUGCGUGUGAACGAAGUGGAAGUCCGUGAGAAACCUAUUCUCUUUACCAAUGGUCGAAUAUACUAUACAAAUGCACCAUUGAAGUAUAUUCAAGCACCGCAUCCAACGGUGAUCAGUACAGCAGCAAUUGUGGUGUCACUUCUUCUUGUCCUCCUGAUUCUGCUUAUCGUCGGAUUGUUCAUCCUUCGACAUCGUAGACCCGAUCUUGCCAUAUUCAAUCUUCGACGUUCGCGUUUCCAUCCGAUGGUGGAGAGGUCGCAGGCGAGUUGGCGCGGUUCAAAGGGUGUCCUAUUAGCCUCCGAUGAUCCUGAAGAAUGA